AUUAUUCUGAUUGUUUUGACAGUGAUGUCUCGAGACAGAUAUCCGCUGUCACGCAAUGGGGAGACGUAGUACACGCAGCUUGCCGCUAGAAGGAGCGCGUCUGCUCUGAUAAAGCCGGAAAUAGCGUCCGCGUCCUCUGUUGCCGGAAAUCAACAGCGGAGGAAACCAGCGGCGCAAUGAAUCCUCCGUAUGUGGACUUGAGCAACGGGUUCGAGGAUGUUAUGAUUUCAUUUGAACCGGAUUCAAAUGAGCAUACGUUUCCUGCGUUCCAGUACUCUCCAGUCAACGUUCGGGGACCCGGAUGCCCCGUUGACCCCAGUGAAGUCACGCUCCCCGGCUGCUCCUGCCUUUCCCACUCGUGCGUCGGCGAGAGCUGUUCCUGCUUGCGGAGUCACGGACAAGCCUACGCCAGCGACCGCUCGUUGCUGAGCACGAACGAGUCGGACGCCGGUCCCUGCACCCCGGUGUUUGAGUGUAAUGCCCUUUGCGCCUGCGGCGACGCUUGCUCGAACCGAGUGGUGCAGAGAGGGCCCAGACUACGUUUGCAGGUGUUCUCCGCCGGCGGCAGGGGUUGGGGAGUGCGGACGCUUCAGCCGAUCCCGCCCGGGACGUUUGUAUGCGAGUAUGCGGGCGAGGUCAUCGGUUUCGAGGAGGCGCGACGAAGGCAGCUCGCGCAGAGAUCCGAGGAAAACAAUUACAUCAUGGCAGUACGGGAGCACGCGGGCCCGGGCUCCGUCACCCAGACGUUUGUGGACCCGGCCGCGGUGGGAAACGUCGGUCGCUUUCUCAACCACUCCUGCUCGCCCAACUUGUUCAUGGUGCCGGUGCGCGUGCACUCUUGGGUGCCCAGAUUGGCGCUGUUCGCCGGGCGCCACGUCGACGCGGAAGAGGAGCUGACGUUCGACUACUCUGGAGGCUACAGAAACCAAACGCCCGGACGGCCGCGCUGGGCCCAAACCGACGCCGCCGCGCUGGCCGGCGGGACGCUCGGGAGGAAAGCGUGUCGCUGUGGUGCCGACAACUGUGCAAAGUUUCUGCCUCUGGAUUUAUCCAUUUUGAACUAAGCUACAUGGUGAGGCGUGGCGUGGCUGUAGGUGCGCUGCGGGUCAAGCCUUUAUAAUGAGGCCAGUGUGCACACGGGACACGCCGGGACGCGUUUUGUCCUCAUCGUUUGCCGUUUGCUCCGGUAAUGAGGAGGCAACUCCUCGCCCGCUCUUUCUCAGCCAUCGGAGAAGGUUUGCGGCGUGCAGAAAUUCAGGCGGCACGUCCGAGCGCACGGUGUCCCGCGCUUGUCGAGGGCGGGACGACUGUGAGCACUGGCGCAUGCUAACUCGGUUUCAUUUGCUAUCAGCGGCGUAUGUUGGUAAAAGGGGCCGUGAACUCAUUUGUCCUUCCACAAAGCAAACGCCUCGAGUGUGAAUAAAUGCCCUCAUUGACGUCACCGGCAGCCGUCUGGCGGCUUCUCAUUCAUCCCUCUCGAGCUCCCAAUUAAAAGGGGCUGGGGGAUAUUUUGAUAUCCAAAUAAGUUUGAUUCCCCAGUCGGAGGAGGAGCGUCCCACUUUAGUAUGACUCGCCGUACGUCUCCAAUGAGGCUCUCCCCUCGGUGUGGCCCAUUUUGGCGCUUGAGCCACUUUCCUCUUAUGAAUAUCAACAUCUGGGUUAAUUAGAAUCUCUUUCAUGCAGAAAUGGGACCACUGCUGCAGCCGCACGGGGCCCGGGAGACGGGAGGACGUAGGAGUGGGCGCGCACGGGGGCCCAUUAUUUUCCA